CCCGGCCGGAGCGCUUCGCCGUGCCAGAUUGCGUUCAGGCUGCGCGGUGUCGGACCGAAACCACCUGGGUUCCCAAAAUAAACUGAGGGGACGCAGAUACGCGCGCACACACGUAGGAUACACACAGAGAAAGGCUGAAGAGAGAGAAUAAGAGAGAUACACACCGGCGGAUGGCGGAGCAGAGCCAAAGAAAAGACACUACAGCGUAAAAAGAAAAGGGGUAUCGCUUUCAGAUCCUACGCGUCAGUGGAAGAGGAAAUCAGAGGACAGGUGUACUUAUUGAUAUGGAUUUAUUCAUUUAUGUAUUUAUUGAUUUUGCUUUAAUUAGUGACCCGCGGUAGAGAAAGAGGGAGAGAGACAAACAGCGAGGGGAGGAGAGGGAGGAGCGAAAGUCAGACAGGAGGUGCCUGCGUAGCCUUACUUUAUUAUUUGAUUAUAUGUCUUGUACCAAAUAAUGCUUUUGCGUUUUAUUAUUGCGUCGCUUUGUGUGCAUGUAUUCUUCAGCAGACCAGCCAGCUACUAACCAAAUCUUUACGAGAACCAAAAAGAAACAACUCCAGUGUUACACGGACAGUUUUUCCUGUUUCUCUAUACCGAGGAUUCACCGGUGGACAGUGUUUGUUUGAGACUUUUCAUGACAGUGCAGCAGGAGAAAUCUUUCCCCAACCUAAACCAAAGCAAACCCUGCCGAGGAGGCGAGACAGAGACAGAGAGCCACUGCGAUCUUUACGCACAGCUGUUUGGACACAAUAAAUGGAGUCUAAUUGUGUCUGUGUUACAUCCAAUGGAGAGCAUCUGAGAGAGGAGCACCAACUGCACUAGAUUCACAUGGGUGCGACGAUAACAGAUAGGUCACCUGCAACCUGUAUUAGCCUGUAUGGAUAAUUACUGGUAGCUUUGUAUUUUCUCCCAAAGCUUAACAGUCGUCGCUGCGCGCCCUGCACAUCGCUGUGUGUACGUGUGUGUGUGUGCGUGUGUGCGGGACUAGUUUACUCCGAGAAGACACAAGUAGCGGGACCGUAAUAUGCGUCUGUAUCUCAGCGCCACACACAUCUGAAAACAGAGAAAUGUGAAUCCGCUGUGGCACAGACUCGAUCCACUGAAGAAAAAGCCAAAUACCGAGUCUCUUUUUUCAAACCAUCCAAGCGUCUUUACAAACAGCUGUCCACAAACCUGGAAAGCAUACGAAGAAACGCCAAAGAACGACGAAAGGACGACGGAUAAGAAUAGAAGAAAAGUGAGACUAAAAUAAAAAACAACGACCCCCAGGUCGACAGAGGACCAUGUUUGUCCCCCUGCCGGUCCCCUUCGUCUUUCAGAGAACAGCGUCCGACUUCAGCGCCUGGAGACUCAAGUCCUCGCUGGCUCCGCGGUCCAGCCCCGAUAUCAGGAUGUCUAAAGCAGCAGAGGAGGAGAAGCCUGGUGCUGAUUAUCCAGGGGACAGUUCAGACUCUGACAGAAACAGCCCUGAUGACCAGGUCCAACCAAUGAAAGCCAGCCCCUUCAGCCUCUCUCCCACACCGACUGGCACCAAGGGAAAGAGCGAGGAGAGCUCUGAGAUGACCCAUAGCGUUGCUCCUCCUGCACCUCCCUCCCAACAACAGCAACAGGCCCAACACCACCACACACAGCUGAUGCUGGCUGGCAGUCAGCUAGCAGGGCUUGCCGCUCUCCUCCCUGCUCAGCAGCAGCUCCUCCUCCAACAGGCUCAGGCUCAGCUCCUGGCAGCCGCCGUUCAGCAGUCAAACGCCGCCCACGCUGCUCACGCUGCCCACGCCGCCGCGCAGCAACAAGCAAACCAGCAACAUCAGCAGCAGCAGCAGAACCAAUCACAAUCCCAACAGCAGCAGCAACAGCCAACCAAACAGGAGCAAACUGUCCAAGCCCCGCCACCGCAGUUGGCCCUGUCACAGCCAAUCCAACUCACAGCCCAGGACAUCCAGCAGCUGCUGCAGCUCCAGCAGCUGGUUUUGAUGCCAGGUCAUCCUCUCCAGUCUCCUGCCCAGUUCCUCCUGUCUCAGCCAGCACAGGCACAGCAGCCACAGCAGGGUUUGCUCUCAACACCAAAUCUGAUCCAGCUACCUCAGCAGAGCCCAGGGGGACUACUGACAACCCCACCUCGCCUGGGACUCCAAGCACAGAGGGAGAAGAGCGGUGAUGUUGUGGUCAGUGGAAGCAGCAGCAGCGGCUCUAUAGUUGCCACUGGCAGCAGCGGUGUUGGGGUUGUGACGUCUGUAGGAGUCACCUCUGCGUCCAGCAGUGCUAUGGCUUCCUCCUUGGCGUCCGGCUUGACUCCUGGAGGUCACGGGGGUCACAUGGGGGAAGAGCCCAGCGACCUGGAAGAGCUGGAACAGUUUGCCCGCACCUUCAAACAACGACGCAUCAAGCUGGGAUUCACCCAGGGAGACGUUGGCGUGGCUAUGGGCAAACUGUAUGGCAACGACUUUAGCCAGACCACCAUCUCCCGAUUUGAAGCACUCAACCUGAGCUUUAAGAACAUGUGCAAGCUGAAACCACUGCUUGAGAAGUGGCUGGGUGAUGCAGAAACCAUGGCAGUAGACAGCAUGCUGCCCAGCCCAUCUUCUAUCUCCUCCCCCAUGUUGGGCAUCGAGGGUCUACCCGGCCGACGUAGGAAGAAACGUACCAGCAUCGAGACCAACGUGCGAGUGGCUUUAGAGCGCAACUUCCACACGAACCAGAAGCCUACCUCGGAGGAGAUCCUGCUCAUGGCGGAGCAGCUCAACAUGGAGAAGGAGGUGAUUCGUGUUUGGUUCUGCAACCGCAGGCAGAAAGAGAAACGCAUCAACCCCUCCAGCAGCACCACCCCUCCCCUGCCCAGCCAGACCUCGCCUGUUGUGUCGCACAAAGCCUCCUGCUACAGCCCGCACAUGAUAUCGAGUCAGGGCCUGUCCCAGGUCACCACCAGCCUCAGCACAACAGCCGCCAGUUCGUCACCUUCAGCAUCCUGCCCCAUGACUCCCGUCAGCUCUGCUGCAGUAGGCCCCACCUCUUCUGCUGUGACUCCGCCCCCUCAUUGCACAGCCAGCCCCGCCCCUCCCAGCAUCGGGGGCCACGGGCUCAACACUGGGAACACAAUGAUGGGAGUAAGCACAGGGAUGAACCAGGCCCUCAUUGGCAGCAAUCCCCUGGCUACCAUGCAAGCACUGGCAGCCAGCAGCGGUCAGCUGCCCAUCUCCAGCCUCGAGGGGGGAGCGGGUCACAUGCUUCUGGGCGGACCUGGGGGUCCUACUGUCCCCCCUUCCCUCCGCUCCUCCCUCUUCCUCAAUCGCCCCACCCUCCUCCCCAUGGUGACCGGCUCCAUGGCCACAGCCUCCACGCCUGCCAUAGGACUGGUCAGUGGCAACAGUGGAGGGGGAUUCGGCCCAAGGCCCUCCUUCUCCCAAUCUCCGUCCCACGGCGUCAGCGGCCUCAUGAGCCCAACCUCAUGCCCCGAGGAGUCCGCAUCUCCUUGUUCAAGUCCUGCCUCUUUCUGUUCCUUCAGCGAAGCCUCGCCGCCGCCCCUGGGAGGGGCCAUGGCCGAGUGAUCCCUGACUGACAGCCAAAGUAUUCUAUCAGAGGAGGACGAGGAGGAGGAGGAAGAGGAGGAAACAGAGCGUUAAAGGAGCUUUAAAAAUCUAAAUUUACAACCUCGCCUUUCAACCAAAGCCAUCUCUCUGUCUGAUCCAUCUCUGAUUUCGUCUCUCUCUUUCUCUGUCUCCCCGCUGAAGUCUUCUGAAGCCAAAAAUACACACAGAUGGAUGAGGGGAGGAAGCAAAGAGAGAGGGAGGAUGGAGAGGAUAGAGAGAACUGCAGAACAGAGGGGGAAAUUUGAAACCAAAUAAUGAUCUACAGCUGGAGAGGUGGCAUUGAGGAGUGUUUUUGCUUGGCAUCAGGAAACGAACACCAUGCUUUUUAUUGGCUGGAGAAAAAAUAAACUCGCUGAGGGCAGGGAUGAGAAGCAAAACUGUGUGUGAGUAAUGGGAGGCAAAAAUAAAAGACUUGUUUAACAAGCUGGGAAGGCCAUGUGGUUGCAACCAAAUUUAAAAAAGAAAAGAUGCGAGACGAGAAAGACACACUUACAAAGAUGAAAACCAAAAUCUCCAAAUACCAAAAACUGAAAACCAAAAAAGACAAAAAGACAAAAAAACAA